AUGUCAUCCACAACUAUAACCUCCACCGCUGCCAUGAAGGUUGAUGUUCCACCUGUUCUAACGUUGCUGAUGCUUCCUGAAGAAUUGAUAUUGAGCUGCUUGGCCCGCGUCCCGAGAUCGUACUAUCUGACUCUCACCCUUGUAUCCAAAAGCUUUCGCUCCCUCAUUAAUUCGCCAGAGCUUUGUAAGACUCGGUCACUUUUAGCUCGCACCGAGAGUUGUCUAUAUGUAUGUUUUCAGUUCAAAAAUGAAGGGAACAAACAUUGGUUCAAUUUAUACCGGAACCCUUAUCAAACCAUGGAUGAUAACUCCCAAACGAAUAAAUUAUGCGACUAUAGAUUAGCUCCAGUUCAAUCUUUAGAUUUUCCUCCCUUAGCCAUGUCAGGAUUUGCUGCAGUUGGCUCUGAUAUAUAUGCCCUUGGUGGAAUUAUAGAUGGUGUUUCUUCGUCUAGCGUUUUCGUCAUGGAUACUCACUAUCACAUAUGGUGCAAGGCCCCAAGUAUGCAUGUGGCUAGGGUGUGUCCUUCUGCUAGCGUUCUUGAUGGGAAAAUAUGUGUCAAGUGGAGAAUGGGGAAAACUUGA